UCUGGCGGGCAUCCCCCUGCUGCAGGGCCCCCGGGCAGGCCGGGGCGUGCCAGGGGAGGGGCACCGGCGCUAGGCUUGGAGCGCGCGCUGUGGACGUGAGGGGGCGCUGCCGGGUGGGGGCUUGGCUCUGGCGACCGCGCGCCGGCGGGAAGUCCAGGCUGGCUGGCCGGGGUCUGGAGCGGGUGCAGCCCGGGCGUCUCAGAGAGGGCCUCUGGGUUCAGGGUAGGGCGCGAGCAGUUGAGCAGCGCGUGGGAGAGGGUGCUUGGAGCGACGCGUGCGGCGAGGGCAAAGGCGUGGCAGCCAGAAGGCGGCGCCAUAGCCGGGGGCGUGGGCCUUUGUUCUGAGGCGCCGAGAAGGCCCCGCCGCGUCUGGACCGAGAGGGAAGAGACCGGGAGCGGGGCGGGGCUGGGCCGGAAGAGGCCGGCCUUAAGGGGACCGGUCGAUGCGCAGGUUUGCGCCCCAGGCGCCCAGGCACGGAUUUGAAGUUCUCUAGGCGGUGGGUGAAUAAAGACGGGGAACGGCCUGUGGCAUAGGUGACGGCACGUGCAAAGACUUGGCUUGUUUGAAGAAUUGCCAAGAAUUAAUUCAUCGCCAUGGAGGGCUCGGAGCCCAGGAGGGUCCCGAUCUGUCAGGACCUUGGAUGCUCCAGGCUUAGGGGAUGUGGCAAAGGAAGAUCAAAAAAGAAGCUGCUUGGGGAGGAAUCACAGCCAGCCAGGAAAGGGAGUGGGUGGUGCCCUGGGGGCUUCAGAGGUAGAGCUGCAGAGGUCCUGGAGACGGGGUGGUGUUUGAUGGCGGCGGCAGAGGCGGUGCACCACAUACACCUGCAGAACUUCUCCCGCUCGCUGCUCGAGACUCUCAACGGGCAGCGGCUGGGCGGUCACUUCUGCGACGUGACUGUGAGGAUCCGCGAGGCUUCGCUGCGUGCACACCGCUGUGUGUUGGCUGCUGGCUCGCCCUUCUUCCAGGACAAGCUGCUGCUCGGCCACUCGGAGAUCCGCGUGCCGCCGGUGGUGCCCGCGCAGACGGUGCGCCAGCUCGUCGAGUUCCUCUACAGCGGCUCGCUUGUGGUGGCACAGGGCGAAGCCCUGCAGGUGCUCACGGCCGCGUCGGUGCUGCGCAUCCAGACGGUCAUAGACGAAUGCACGCAGAUCAUUGCCCGCGCCCGCGCCCCGGUCCCGGGCGCGCCCGCACCCCUACCCACGCCGGUGCCCCCACCUCUUGCGCCCGCGCAGCUACGCCACCGCCUGCGCCACCUGCUUGCCGCGCGGCCCCCGGGCCACCCCGGUGCCGCGCAUAGCCGCAAGCAGCGCCAGCCAGCGCGCCUGCAGCUGCCCGCGCCCACUGCGCCCACCAAGGCCGAGGGGUCGGACGUCGACCCCGCCCUCCCGGCGCCCCCGGACGACGGCGGCGAUGGCGACGAGGAGACCGAUGACGAAACCGACGGCGAGGACGGCGAAGGCGGCGGCCCGGGAGAGGGCCAGGCGCCCCCUUCCUUCCCCGACUGCGCCGCCGGCUUCCUCCCCGCCGCCCCUGACAGCGCGUGCGAGGAGCCGCCUGCACCCGCCGGCCUCGCCGACUACGGCGGCGCCGGGAGGGACUUCCUUAGGGGGGCGUCGGCUGCCGAGGACGUGUUCCCGGAGAGCUACGUGUCCGCUUGGCAAGAUGAGGAUGGCACCGCCGCGGAAGCCUGUGCCACCGAGACCCCGGCUCCGCCUGACUGCGUCCUGUCCGGAUCCCGCGUCCCCGGCGUGAAGACCCCGGGGCCCCCAGUCUCGCUUUUCCCGUUUCAUCUGGGCGCUCCUGGGCCACCUGCGCAACCUCCUCCCGCGCCCUCCGGCCCUGCUCCUGCACUCUCCUCCGCCUUCUACCCCGCGCUCCAGCCAGACGCGGCCCCCAGCGCGCCUCCCGGGGAGGCACCGGCCCCGCCCGCCGCUCCCGCCGCGGCCCCCUCCGCCACCCCUGCCCGAGCCCCGGGUGCCGCCGAGCCACCUGCCUAUGAGUGCAGUCACUGCCGCAAGACGUUCAGCUCGCGGAAAAACUACACCAAGCACAUGUUCAUCCACUCGGGGGAGAAGCCCCACCAGUGCGCCGUGUGCUGGCGAUCUUUCUCACUGCGCGACUACCUGCUGAAGCAUAUGGUCACACACACAGGCGUGCGCGCCUUCCAAUGCGCUGUCUGCGCCAAGCGCUUCACGCAGAAGAGCUCACUCAACGUGCACAUGCGCACGCACCGGCCCGAGCGCGCGCCCUGCCCCGCCUGCGGCAAGGUCUUCUCACACCGCGCGCUGCUCGAGCGCCACCUGGGCGCGCACCCCGCGCCCUGAUCCAGUCCUGGGCCUGGCUACGCCCACCGCAGGAUUGACCACGCUCCCGCGCAGUCGGCCACCCUCUGCCGGGUUAGGGACCUCCCGUGGAACUAGGCCACAACCACCGCGGGACCGGUAACAUCCCUGCCUAGACGCCUGGACCACAUUCCCACCACCAAACCACACUUCCCCCAGAGCGCAGGCCUUCCCUCUGCUUCCGCCCUUUCCCCCAGACCUGACCAGGGGUCCAGCCUGCCUUACUCCUCUCCUCCCUCGUACUUAGACCCUCCUGACGGUGGCAGGCUGGGGCUGGGUUUGGUCAGGGACCUGAUCACCCCUGAGAACUGGAUCAUCUCCAGCCUAAACUCAGAGACCCUUGGGCCAGGCCCAAGAUUUGUGGCUUGAGUGGGGUGGGUUCUGGAGCUGCUCCUCUGCCCCAGCGUCGAGCGGGGCAUGAUCCCUGGCUCCCCACCGUACCCCUUCCUCAGUCUGGUGUCUAGGGGGCUCAGGUGGGCCCAUCAUGGACUGGGACAGGACCUUGGGACUCCCACUCUCUAAUAAAGUACUGGGGCCAUGGGUUCCAAACUCGGAAGCUGUGAGCUCCCAGACCCGUGCAUUUCUCAUCAUCACAGAAUGGUUGUGGGCCUGGGGGCUCAGUGCCCCCAUCCCUGGGCAGCUAACCCUAACCUCCUGGGCUCCCUGGGCAGAGACAGGAUGAUCCACUUGGCCCCUCAUGCCUCUGUUCUCCAGGAGGAAGUGGGAUGUCCAUGUGACUGGCACUUGACUCUUCUAGAGCCCUUGGUGCUAUGGGGAGAGGUACAGGCCAGCCCUGAGGUGCAUCUGGAAGAGGGAAGCCAUAUGUGGGAAAGAUGCAGACUUCAAGGCCCUUCCUGCAGGAAUCUCAAGGCCCUUUGGACUCUAGGCUUCCCCAUCCCCAUCCUAAUGGGCAUGAUUGAGCACCUUACUUGGGUGGGGGGAGGGUGUCUAGGGAGUCUUUGAGGCCAGGCUGCCAUGUGGGGAUCUGAGCUCCAGGAUGCCCACCCUGGCUGGUAAGUUCUGAAGCGUGGGGUGGGGGAGCAGGGCAAAAGGGGAGAAGCAGCCAGGCCCCUUGGGCUGCUAACCAGGGGGCUGAAGGUACUGAUCCCUGGUAGCAAACCAGUGUCACAAGACCCCGCAUCAGUUUGGCUGCCAGCCCAGAAAGCAGCCACUCCUCUGCUUGCAGAGCAUUGGCGGCACCUGACCCCGGGCACCCUGUCUUAAAGAUUUGGAGCAGGUGGAGAGGGGUUUGAGCUGAAGACCUGCGGGCUCCCAGGUCGAUGGCACCGCCUCUGAGCUUCCCCUCUGUGACUGCCUCCCAGAGGUGAAGGGCUCAGGCUUCCAGGCCAACCACUGAGAGACUGCCCUGCCCACGUUCCGGGCAGGGGGAGUUUAGCCUCCUGAACCCCGUGGAUGCCAGGGGGUUGGGCCGACUCAGCCC